ACCAGUCCACCUCGCCGGAGCACCCAUGGCCGCGCCCCCAGCGAUCCCGCGCCGCGGCCUCUUCAUCGGCGGCGGGUGGCGCGAGCCCGCCCUCGGCCGCCGCAUCCCCGUCAUCAACCCGGCCACCGAGGAAACCAUCGGCGACAUCCCGGCGGCCACGGCGGAGGACGUCGAGCUCGCCGUCGCGGCGGCGCGGGACGCCUUCACGCGCGACGGCGGGAGCGCCUGGUCGCGCGCUUCCGGGGCGGCGCGGGCCAAGUAUCUCAACGCCAUCGCAGCUAAGAUUAAAGAAAAGAUAACUUAUCUGGCAUUGCUGGAGGCACUUGAUUCCGGAAAGCCCAAGGACGAAGCAGUUGGCGACAUGGAGGAUGUCGCUGCAUGUUUUGAGUACUAUGCUGGUCUGGCAGAAGCAUUAGAUGGGAAACAACAUGCACCAAUCCCUCUGCCCAUGGAAAAUUUCAAGACCUAUAUCCUCAAAGAACCCAUCGGGGUUGUUGGACUCAUCACUCCCUGGAACUAUCCUCUGUUGAUGGCUACUUGGAAGGUUGCACCUUCCCUUGCUGCUGGGUGUACAGCUGUGUUAAAGCCAUCUGAGUUGGCUUCUCUAACUUGUUUAGAGCUCGGCGUGAUAUGUGAAGAAAUAGGACUACCUUCAGGAGUUUUGAACAUAAUUACUGGUCUAGGACCUGAUGCCGGUGCUCCAAUUGCUUCACAUCCCGACGUGGAUAAGGUUGCUUUUACUGGAAGUACCGAAACUGGUAAGAGGAUAAUGACCUCUGCUGCGCAAAUGGUUAAGCCUGUUUCAUUAGAGCUUGGCGGCAAAAGCCCUCUUGUUAUCUUUGAUGAUGUUGCUGACAUUGACAAAGCUGUUGAAUGGGCCAUGUUUGGCUGUUUUUUUAAUGGCGGUCAAGUUUGCAGUGCAACUUCUCGUCUACUUCUCCAUGAGAAAAUCGCAGAGAGAUUUUUAGAUAGAUUCGUUGAAUGGACAAAGAACAUAAAAAUCUCAGAUCCACUGGAAGAAGGUUGCAGGCUGGGUUCAGUUGUCAGUGAAGGGCAGUAUGAAAAGAUCAAGAAGUUCAUCUCAACAGCAAGAGCUGAAGGUGCUACAAUUUUGCAUGGGGGUGACCGGCCAAAGCAUCUCAGCAAAGGGUUCUUUAUCGAGCCCACAAUCAUAACAGAUGUUAGCACAUCAAUGCAAAUUUGGCGAGAGGAAGUCUUUGGACCAGUCAUCUGUGUUAAAGUAUUUAAGACUGAGAGUGAAGCUGUGGAGCUUGCAAAUGAUACCCACUAUGGCUUGGCUGGCGGUGUGAUUUCUGAUGAUCUAGAGAGGUGUGAGCGCAUUGCAAAGGUUAUUCACUCGGGCAUUAUGUGGAUAAACUGCUCUCAACCAACUUUGGUUCAAGCUCCAUGGGGAGGGAACAAGCGCAGUGGUUUUGGCCGUGAGCUAGGAGAAUGGGGCCUCGAGAACUACUUGAGCGUGAAGCAAGUCACCAAGUACUGCUCGGAUGAACUAUACGGAUGGUACCAGCGCCCAUCCAAGCUGUAGAUGAUAUGAGGCGUUUAGUCAGGAGAAAGGAACAUCAUUCACUGAAAGACGCGGUCAAUCCUGAUUCUGUGCAUGGAUGAAGUCUUUUGUAUAGUGUUUUCCCAAUAAGCCAUUAUAUGGCAAACGUGGACGGGUAGUGUGUCAUUAAGCAUGUGACAGUUGCAGUUGUCAAAGGAUUGCUAAAGUGAAAACGACAUUAUAUUCAGCCACUUUCAGUAUAUCUGUUUUACUGUUUA